CCUCCCCGUCUUAAGGAUAUUUGGAGACAUUUGGGGACAUCCCCCUCAUCCAGUUGUUGCUUCUGCAGGUCCCUGGCAAGCCACAUGGCCAGUCCGGUGCUCGAGGAGCAGCCGGUGACAAGGACAGUGCGUGCCAGGGGGGUGGCCAUGGUGUCACCUUCCCCCACUGGGCAAAGGCUCUUAAGGGGAUCAGUGCUCACGUGGCACCUGGAUUGGGGUCAGGACACGGGAGGGACAAAGGGGGUUGACACCCCGGGAUGUCAUCAACAUGAGGGGUACAAAGGCGGAACCUUACCCUCGGCUGCCUCAGGGGGGUUGGAGAUUUGGGGACAUUCCUGGGAACAGCCCAAGUUGUGAGGUUGCCCCUCCCCUCUUCACCUGGAGACCCUAAAUCCAUCUCUUCCCCACCCCAGGGGACUUUGGGGACCCCAAAUCUUCCUCUCCCCGAGUGCUCACAGUGAGCUCCGAGCUCCAGGACUGGACACUGGGACCACCUGGAUCGGGCUCUGAGCUCUGGGACCGAGCACAGGGAACCCACCAAGGACCCCCAGAAGGAGCUCCCAGCUCCAGGACUGAGCACUGGUCCCGCCCGGGACCUACCGGAGACCCCUCAGGCUCAGUCCAAACACCAACACCAGACCCCGGACUAACUGUGGAGCCCUGGUGCUCCGGUACCAAGCACCGAGGACCCUGGGAUGACCCCCCGGGCCCCACAGACCGGACCUGGCAAGUAUUGAGCCCCACAGAGAGUCUGCACACCCACCUCUAUGCCAAAAAUUAUCCCUAGGAGAGAAAUUUGGGGUCCACAGAGAUGUUCCAGGGUGGGGAGAGGAAGGUUCGGAGUCCCCAGAGACCCCUGGCAACGGCAAGAGUGAACUGGGGGGUCCUGGAGGAAUUUCAAGGGUCCUGAGGGGUUUGGGGGAUCAGAUCCCAAAACUUCAGAAGGGUCCCCAAGCCCGAAGUGGGAACUUGAGCCCCGGAGCGAUUCCCUGGAGCCCUGGGAGAGGGGAGGACCCGAAACUGGGAGCGGUCCCGAAGCCCCCGGCCCAUCCAUGGGGCUGCCCACAAAGCACCGCGCAGGAACGGCGAACAUAUUUGCAUAACCCCGCCCACGAAACAGCUUAAAUCCCGCAGAACGUACAUUAGCAUAACCACGCCUACAAACAAAAAAGUUAGCUCGAGUAUUUUCUUACCGCACACCAAUGACAGCGCGCGAUUGCUCAACGAUUUGCAUAACCACGCCCUUUGUCUCGGCCCCGCCCAGCGCCGGCGGCAGCCGCGCCCGGGCGCUGUUUGCUCCCAGUUCCCUCCCAGUGCUCCCAGUAAGAGCCAGACUGACAGGGAAAGCGCUCCCAAUUCCUUCCCGCUGCUCCCAGGAUCGCUCCCGGUGCCGCGCGGGGCGGGGUCGCUUUGGAACUUCCCCAGGGCAAAGCGCGGCUGCUUUUGGGUGUCGGCACCGCCCCGGCUGGGCUGGAAGCGGAGGAAGAGCAGGAGGAAUAGGAGGGACAGAGAAGGAGGAGGAAGAGGAGGAGCAGAAGGAAGUUCCCCCUUCUGGAACCCGGAGCCAUGAUUUCCAAUUCAUAAAACUUGACCCGCUGAAGGAGGGAGGACGCCGCGAGGAAGAGGAAGAUGGCCCGGGAGCCCCAAGCAGACACGGAGCUGAGAACGGGGACCAGGGAGGACAAAUCCCCGCUGCAGAACUUCGUGGAAGAGGCCGUUUUGAGCGGCUCCAUGAUGCAGGAAUCCAACAGGGAGGAAAAGCCUCGGAGAUCCCACACAAGGAGGGGCUGCAAACAAAGAUCAUGGGGAUCCGAGGAGGAAAGAUCCACCCUGGGCCGGGGAGGCAGCCAGAGCACAGACCUGGGGGUCCCUGAGCAGCUCCAGGAUGGGGAGAAGCCCCACAAGUGCUCAAAAUGUAGGAAAAAUUUCAGGUCGAGCUGUGACUUGAUCAAACACCAAAGGAUCCACACCGGGGAGAGGGCCUAUGAGUGUGACCAAUGCAGAAAGAGGUUUCCCACCAGUUCCCAUCUCCUCCUUCACCAACGGAUUCACACGGAUGAGAGGCCCUUCCACUGCCUUGACUGUGGAAUGGGCUUCAAGCAAAACUCCCACCUCGUCACCCACCGGCGCAUCCACACCGGGGAGAGGCCCUACAAGUGUCCCAAGUGUGGGAAGAGCUUCAGCCGGAGUUCCAAGCUGAUUGUCCACCAGAGGAUCCACACCGGGGAGAGGCCCUAUGAGUGUCCCAAGUGUGGGAAAAGCUUCAGACAGAGCUCCAACCUGAUUUCUCACCUGAGGAGCCACACCGGGGAGAGGCCCUACGAGUGUGACCAAUGCAAGAAGAGGUUUCAGACCAGCUCUAGUCUCCUCAAGCACCAGCGGAUUCACACGGAUGAGAGGCCCUUCCGCUGCCCCGACUGCGGGAUGGGCUUCAAGCACAACUCCACCCUCAUCACCCACCGGCGCAUCCACAGCGGGGCGAGGCCCUAUGAGUGUCCCCAGUGUGGAAAGAGCUUCAGAUCAAGCUCUGAGUUGAUCAAACACCAGAGGAGCCAUACUGGGGAGCGGCCCUAUGAGUGUGGGGAGUGUGGGAAGAGCUUCAGCAGGAGUUCUGAUGUGGUUGUCCACCAGAUGAUCCACACUGGGGAGCGGCCCUAUGAGUGUGAUAAAUGCAGGAAGAGGUUUCAGACCAGCUCCAAUCUCCUCAAGCACCAGAGGAUUCACACAGAUGAGAGGCCCUUCCGCUGCCCUGACUGUGGGAUGGGCUUCAAGCACAACUGCAGCCUUGUCAACCACCAUCGAAUCCACACUGGCGAGGAGCCCUACGAGUGUGACCAAUGCAAGAAGAGGUUUCAGACAAGCUCCAAUCUCUUUAGGCACCAACAGAUUCAUACAGAUGAGAGGCCCUUCUGCUGCCCUGACUGCGGCAUGGGCUUCAAGCAAAAUUCCAAUCUCAUCACCCACCGGCGCAUCCACACUGGGGAUAGGCCCUACAAGUGUCCCGAGUGUGAGAAGAGCUUCUCCAGGAGCUCUCACUUGACCAGACACCAAAGGAGCCACAACUAAGGGAAGCCUUGCGGGUGCCCCGAGUGCUGGAAGAGCUUUGUGUCUGCUGCAGCUCCAUCCCCCAUGGGAGGAUCCAUGCGGGAUGAUCCCCAGUGAUGCUCGGUGGGCAGAGCCCUGGUGAUCUGUGGUGCCAGUGAUCCGUGUUGGGAAAACACCUGGCUGGGGCCUUCACAUCCUCCUGGUUCCCUGUGGCCUGGAUUUUUUUUUCAUUUCUCUUUGUCCUUUCAAAACACCUAAAGCCAGGGUAAAAAUAAAGAUUUUGAACAAAGACCUGGACGGGGACUUGAGGGGAUCUUCCAGGGUAUGUGGGGAAUGCUGAGUGUGAGGGAGUUGAGGGUUCCUGGCAGGGACUUGGGGUUGCUCAGUGCUUUGGGCACCCCAGACUGAGCAGCUGCAGCUGUGCUGGGAGACUGAUGGAGGUUCUGGGGCAGGUGAUCAAGGUCCCCUUGUCCUGGAACUGUCCCCAUAUCCCCCCAUCCCGGUUCCCAGUGUCCCCUGACCCCAGUCCCAUGCUGCUACCAUCCCAGUCCAGGAUCCCCCUCUCCCCGCUGACACUUCCCUUGCCCCCGUUUUGUGUGUCACCUCACUCCCAGUCCUAUCCUGCUCCUAUCCCAAUCCAGAUCUCAUUCCAGGUCUCAUUCUCUGUCCCAUACUCUCUGUCUGGUUGCCUUUCCCCUAUUCCAAGUCCCGUAUUCCCCGCUCCUUGUUCCCAUUCUCGUUUUCCUGCUCCCUUUGCUGGGCUCUCUGCCAGGCCCGCAUAUCCAUUGCUCUAUUCCCAGUCCUGUUCCUGUACUUUCAUUUCUGAUCCCAGACCCAACUUCCUAAACCCCAUCCCAUAAUGUUUCUACGCUUGCUGUAUCCAUAUUCCCCAUGCCAUUCCCAGAUUCCCAUUCCUGGUCUCUCUCCCGUAUUCCUGGUCCCAUUCCCAGUCCCCGUCUCUAUUCCCAGCCCCAUUCCUGGUCCCAGUCCAGUAUUAUCUUUCCCAGUCCCAGUCCAGUAUUCUUGGUCCCAUUCUUGGUCUCUGUCCCCAUUCCCUGUAUGAUUCCCCAUCCUGUCGUGUAUUUCCAGUCCCAUUCCCAGGCCCUGUCCCUAUUCCUGGUCCCUGCCCCACUGCCAUUAACAUGCACUAUCCCUGUCUUAUAUUUCCAGUCCUGUAUUCCUGAUCCCUGUCCCCAUUCCCGGUCCCCACUCCCGGUCCCCAUUCCCACCUCUCCCAUGGGGCCCUCAGGGCUCCCCAGCUCGGCCUGGCUGUGGCACACGAACCCUUCAGCCCUGCUGCUGCCCUUGCCCAGCUGCACACAGCACAAGGCUUUGGGCAUUUCUCACAGGCCCCAGCUGGCCACAGCAGCCCCUCCUGCCAGCACCCGCUGUGCCUCACAGCCCUCCCUGCUGCUGGGGCCAUGCAGGGGACACGGGCCUGCAGGAGCCUCCUGUUCUUGAGAGAACUCCAGCUUUGUCAAGCACCAGCACAUCCACACGGGGGAGAGGCCCUAUGAGUGUUCUUACUGGCAAUUAAUGAGAGACGGGAAGACUGAUUCGGUGAUCAGAAUUCAAUUUUACUAUUCCCAGAUGUUCUGAGUGUGGGAAGAGCUUCUCAUAGAGCUCUCACUUGACACCAACAGAACCACCACUAAGGGAAACCCUGUGAGUGUCCCAAAUGUGGGAAGAGUUUCAUGCACUGCUCCAGCUCCAUCCCCAUGGGAGGAUCCGCUCUGGAUGAUCCCCAAUGACCCCCGGUGGACAGAGCCCCAGUUGAACCAUUACUUUACAGAGUUAAGAUUCUAGCCAAGGGUUAGAAGCAAUUUAUUUUGAUUGGGAUGCAAGUUAGGAAAACAAAUGAUAAGUUCAUGAUUAUUCAGAUGCUUAAGCUAGAGAAAGAUGAUGUAUUCUUUGCUGUUACGUGCUAGUUUUAGUUGCGUUUAUAGAAGGAAAUGAAAUAGAUGGACUAUCAUGAUAACAAAUGGAAACCAAUAGGACGUGACCUGCCCCUUGACUCAAUUCCAAUUGAUCCCGAAGCAGGAGGGAUUAGAUGGUGCCAAAAGGUCAGGAAAGCCUGCCAGCCUCAAGAAGGUAGAAAGAUCAUUAUGAUGAAGACUUUUCUGACUUCAUCCUUCAAGAUCACUGACCCAAUUCGAAACCACCAACCCAAUUCAAGAGAAGAAUUGCGUAUGCGUGAAGGACAUUUAACCUUAUUUCAAUACGAAGCAGAGAGUGGGAGGUGCUGGGAUUAUGCAUAUAUAUAAGCAUUUUGUGUAUGUAAGACUUCGAGAAAUAAAUAGAGGGCAAAGAACUUUGUAGAUCAUGGGCACGAGUCUAGGAGGUGACUCCUGUGCCUCCUGACAUCGCAAUAAAACACACCACUUUCUAACUUUAA